UAUGUCAAUCACUUGCAGAAUGUACUUGGAAAACAAAAUUAUCAAAGUGGAUCACCAUUUCAUCUGGAAGAUGAGGAGAGUUUACGAAAAUCGAUGCGUUACAGCGAUGUGGUGAUCAACCUAAUUGGAAAAGAAACCGACACUCGUAACUUCAAACUGGAGCAGGUGCACGUGGAUGGGGCUGCCAGGAUUGCACGUAUCUCAAGAGAGCUCGGUGUGGAGCGUUUAGUUCACAUUUCCGCCUUAUGUCAGAAUCGAAAACCACCGAGAUAUGUACGUGCACCUUCUCGCUUCAUGAUGUCCAAAGCCGUUGGCGAAAUGGAAGUUAAGCGAGAACGUCCGGACGCUAUCAUAUUCCGCCCAGCUGAUAUGUGGGGUGAAAUGGAUAGAUUUUUAUGCUAUUAUGCUGCAAAGCCUCGCCGAUUUGGUAUUGGACGGGUGGUUGACGUUCCUCUGUGGGGGCGCGGGAUGAAAACCAUCAAACAACCAGUUUACGUCGGGGAUGUUGCUCGCGGGAUUGUGAACAGUUUGACCGCACCAGAUGCUCCCGGACAAAUAUAUGAGGCAGUCGGCCCCCAUCGAUAUCGAUUGGAUGAUCUAGUUAAAUGGAUCUACUUCAUUUGUCGUUAUCUGCCAGCCGAACUCAACAUCACGGGGAUGAAUCCCAUUUUCCUAGGCUUCACAAAAUGUUUACGGACAAUUUAA